CCGGCCUGUGUAAUGUUUUGGUGACAGCAGUAGUUUCUGCUGUAUGUACGUUGUUGUGUGCUAUGCUUUGGUGGAGUUCGGUGGUUUCGUUUCGCUUUGCUUUGUUUUUAUUGCAACAUGUGUCCAUUUAAGACUAUAAUGAAAGAGUGUAUGAAGGAAUUCAGCAUCGAAAACAAAGGCCAGUUUUGUGGCAUUUGUUCAUCCGAAGAAGAAAUCGAUUACCUUUUUACCAGGCUCAAAUGUGUUGGGUAUUCUUAUUCGGUGAGGAGCAGCGCUUAUAACAGAUUAUCCUCCGACGCUACAACCAGUAAACCACGAUUCUUCUUCAGUCAGUCUCAAGGGGCUGUUCAAAUCCCAUUUUUUGGGUCACCAUUUUCGGUUGAAUAUGUAAGCUACAGGCAAUGUACACUUGGUCCAAUGUACUAUGAUAAAAACGAGAUUCCUGUUCCUAAUCACUUGGUUGACCAUAUCAUCCCAAAUAAAAAGCAAAAGUUGUUUAUGGAUACCAAGAAAAGUGACUGUCCUGCCACAUUUUUAGUAAAAUGUGUCAGAGUUUAUCCUGGCUAUUUAGUCCUGUCAGAGAAUGAUCGCAAGACAAAAAAAAUGGUUAUUGAUAGCUUGAAGAAGCAUUUGGAGUUACCCAAUAAACCAGAAAGCUUUCUUCGCUUGUAUGUGGUUGCUUCACCACCAGAGCACCACACACACAGUGCAGCACAUAUGAAAACAAGCGGAGAUCUGCAUCCUCGGCUAGCUUUGGAAAUACGGAACCAUGUCAAAAAUGGAACAACAUCAGUAAGAGAAAUAAAAUUGCUUCUUGAAAAGUUUGUUGAGACAAACUUCAGUGGGCCAGCUAGACCAGACCGUAUAAACACUGCGUUUUACCCCACAGACAAAACUAUUUAUAACCAUGUGUAUAGGACAAGAAAGAGAAUUUUUGGUGAAGAUUCAUUAGAGAUCCAGACUGAUAAGGCAUAUGGAUGUGACUCAAGCAGCAGGUGUGCUGCACCAAUUAAUUCUGUAAGAAAUGGUGUACAGAAUACCAGCAGCAGUGAUGAAAGGAACAAAAAGCACACCAGUUCUGAAAAAUCAAGCCCUUGUUCAUCCCUGUCUCAAGAGGCAAGAGACAUAUGUAAAAAUAUUAUAGAUCUCACAUACAAUUGCAGUGAUGAAACAAUAAAAAAACUUGUAGAUGACCUUAGAAAUGUGCAGCGUAGUGUAGAAUUGUCAGACCAUGCAGGCAGUGACCUUCCUUUAACAGUGGCAACAAAUUUUAAAAUAGAGAAACAUAUUUGAACAGUGGUGAGUUGUACAGUGUU